GUGUCAUUGAGUGAGCGCGAAGGGGGUCCUUGUUCAGCGCUUUCCCCACUCGUGCUGCGCUCCUGACGGUGAAUAGGGCACCCGUCAAUGCGUGCUUCCAAAAAACAAAGCCAAACUCUGAGCUUGCGGGUGCGAGCAGCAUGAGCAACUAGCCAAAAUCACACAGAAACCGCUGACGAGAGGUCACACGCCAGAAUCACACACCUCUCGACCCCCUUGGAGGCAGGGUGAGGGGGAGACCAGUGGGGUUGACAUUUCAACGAGAUGGUACGUCGGAGGUUUGUUGAGGAAAAAAACAAAAACAGGGCCAGCAGAAGCAGACGGACUCGAGCGAACGAGGAACCGGCACUGAACGUUAGCUUGAAAAAGCUCAAUUGGACGAUAACGCGCAAAAACUUUCGCUGAGCUGUCUGCAUGAAAUCGACCACUCGAGAUCAGGUUCCUUUUCGCUCUUUCUCUCUCUGUCUCUAUCUAUCUAUCUAUCUAUCUAUCUAUCUAUCUAUCUAUCUAUCUAUCUAUCUAUCUAUCUAUCUAUCUAUCUAUCUAUCUAUCUUUAUCUGUCUCUCGCUCUCUCCUUUUUUUCUUCUUUCCUGAGCGGAUUUGAGACCCAAAAUGGUUUGUUCGCGCACACUCGCCGACGCGUCCUCAGCCGAGCAAACGCACUCGGACGAUGCCGAAGCGACGCGGCGACACUUUACUGAUACAAACGCACCCAACGGCGCAGAGCACGCGACUCACACGGAUGGUCACGGCGACAAUGGGGUUCAAGCUGAUGACGAAGCAGCAGCAGCAGCGCGAGAGGACGCUAUUCGAGCCGCGGCCGCAAUGCUGCACGCGUCGCUGGUGCUGAACUCAAGAACCCCGUGCAUGCCUCACCAUCAUCAUCAUCAUGAUCAUCAUGAUCACCAUCACCAUCAUUAUCAGGACGGAGGAGCCGCAAGCAACUCGAGCUCAAGCGCAAUGCACUCCUCCUCCUCCCCUUCCUCCUCCUCCUCCUCCUCCUCGUCCAACAUUCUCCUGGCGCGGUCGCUGGAUGUGCGACUCGUCGAGCACGGCUCUGCAGCGAGCGAGGCAUUGCUGGCUCUGCUCCGAGCGCAAUUCGAGGCGUUUGGACCCGUCGACGAGUUUUCAGUCAUGCGCGGACUGCGUCGCAUUCGCAUUGCAUUGAGAACACCCGAAGCAGCGCGCGAGUGCUACGACAGGCUCAACGGCCGCCCUGCUCUGCCCGAGGUGCAUCUGCCAGCCUGUGCUCCACUCGUCUUGUACUUUGCAUCGCGGCAGUUCGUGCCACCACCAAGCAGCGCUACUCUAACCGUGCCGGUCAAUACCAAGGCGUUUUUGGUGUCGCCGCCAUCGUCGCCGCCAAUCGGGUGGCAUCCCGUGACAGAACCAGUGCCCGUAGCGAGUGAAGAUAUUGCAACUGCCUUGGCCCAGCUCGGGGUCGAGCGAGAAAUUCUUCCGGCAGAACGCGGACUGCCUGCAAUCAUGGUGGCCGAUUUUUCCGACCCCGAGUCGUUUUACCAGUCAGGGCCUCCAGUAUCAGUUGCUCACGCGCAAACGGCAAUGCCACCGCGCCUGUAACUUGUGACGCGACAUUCAUCUGACGCCCAAGAGGGUUGGUGAAUUGUGUUUGUAGAGCUGUGUAGAUUUAUCUCGUCGUUGUGUUUUUUUUUGAAGCUCUGUGUUGUGCUGUGGUUGUAAAAUUUGUGUGUCAUUUAUCGCACUUUAAUUCAAAAUCAAAUGAUUGGAAGCCAUGGAAA